UUCUCCUUCCCCUUCUCCUUCUCCUUCUCCUUCUCCGUCCCCAUCUUCCUCGAAACCCUAGCCUAAAGCUACAAAGUGUACCGAAACUCCCAUCUUUCUCCUCCUCCCGCUCCGCUUCUACCCGAAACAUUGAGGAAGGCGCCAAAUUGGCGAAUUCUAGAGAUUUAAAUUGUCCAUGGUGGCCUUCUGGCAGGAUUUGUCUUAAAUCCUGGUUAAUUCUUCCUUUACCAGACAGCCCUUAAGGUAUUAUCGUCAAUUUUUCCUGAUGUCGUUGCAAGAGAGCCUUAACAGAUUUAAACAGCAGCAGGAGAAGUGCCAAUCCACGCUUACUAGCAUAGCCAACAGAAGUUCAAGGUCUACCCAUUCUCAGAAACAAGCCCCGCCAAGCGCUUCUUCAGCUCCAUCAAGAGUUGCUGCCCCUGUGAAAUUUUCAAAUGAUACUGAGAGGCUUCAGCACAUCAAUGCUAUUAGGAAAUCCCCUGUUGGCGCGCAGAUAAAGCGUGUGAUUGAUUUACUUUUUGAGACAAGGCAAUCUUUUACUCCUGAGCAAAUAAAUGAAGCAUGCUAUGUGGACAUCUUGGGCAACAAAGCUGUAUUUGACAGUUUGAGGAAUAAUCAUAAAGUACAUUAUGAUGGGAGGUGUUUCUCCUACAAGUCCAAACACGAUUUGAAGAGUAAAGAUCAGUUGCUAUCCUUGAUUAGAAAGUUUCCGGAGGGUCUUGCUGUUGUUGAUGUGAAGGAUUCAUAUUCAUCUGUUAUGGACGACUUGCAGGCUUUGAAAGCAGCAGGUCAGGUAUGGCUCCUAGCCAACAAUGACUCUCAGGAAGAUAUUGUGUAUCCCAAUGACCCAAAGGUGGUGAUCAAAGUCGACGAUGACUUGAAGCAGCUCUUCAGGGGAGUUGAGCUCCCUCGGGACAUGGUCGACAUCGAGAGGGAUCUCCUGAAGAACGGAAUGAAACCUGCUACAAACACGGCUAAGAGGCGCGCUGAGGCUCAAGUCCAUGGCAUCCCAUCCAAGCCCAAACCCAAGAAGAAGAACGGAAUCAGCAAGCGCACCAAACUCACAAAUGCUCACCUUCCCGAGCUCUUCCAGAACAUAAACGUGCCUGAUUCUUGAAAACAAGAAGAUUUGAGUUGCUACCUAGUUGGUGACACGCCUAAUGUUUAUAGUAACAAAACAUGGCAGUUUGCAGGCAUUCAUGACAUGUAUUUGCAGGUAGACUGCACUAAGAGGAUAUGCCUUGAUGCUUAUCAUUUGCUGAAUUGUCUUAAUUUGAUUUGCUUGGAUUUAUUUGUGUGAUUUCAUGGGUUGUAAUCUGGAAUGAAACUAAAAUUUGAAUUAUGAAGUUUUGAUUUCUCCAUCA